CAGAAGAGUUCACACAAGUUGUGCGCGGAGCCAGACUCCGGGUGAGAGAGGAUCUGAGCUGGGAUCAGCCCUGCGGGGAGAAGAAGGAGCAGAUCUGAGGAUUUAAUUACGGAGUUUCUAUCUCUGCUGAUCUGCUGACUGCGGUGUGAAGGCGGCUCGGGACACGGGAGGAUGAGGGUCACAUAACUUCUGGAUCCAUUCACUCAGAUUCACCCCCCAUGAUGAGCGAGUGACCCGGGCGGACUCAGUCCGGAGCUGAAGCCCCCUCGGCCGGACGCAGGGAACCGCGAGGCCCCCGCUGCGGCUCCCUCCGCCGGGAUGGAGCGCCUGCUGAGCUGCCUGCUGCUCGGGUAUCUGACCUGGAACCUGCGGAUAUCGGACGCGCAGGGGGAGUACUGCCACGGCUGGCUGGACGCGAACGGGAACUACCACGAGGGCUUCCAGUGUCCGGAGGACUUUGACACCAUGGACGCGACCGUGUGCUGCGGCUCCUGCUCGCUGCGCUACUGCUGCGCGGCCGCGGACGCACGACUGGACCAGGGCGGCUGCACCAACGACCGGGAGGUGGAGAACACCGAGUUCGCAGCGCAGCCCAUCUACGUCCCCUUCCUGAUGGUGGGGAGCAUCUUCGUGGCCUUCGUGGUGGUCGGCUCUCUGGUGGCCGUGUACUGCUGCACCUGCCUGCGGCCCAAGCAGCCGACCCAGCAGCCCAUCCGCUUCUCCCUGCGCAGCUGCCAGGGCGAGACCAUCCCCAUGAUCCUCACCACGGCCCCGCCCAGCCUGCGGGCCCCGUCGCGGCAGUCCAGCACGGCCACCACCAGCUCCAGCUCGGCUGGAGGAGGAAGCUCCAUGCGGAGGUUUUCUCUCGGGGGCCCGGGGGGGCAGCAGCAGCAGCACAGCUGCCUGGUGUCUGCCACCAUGUCCUCGUCAUCCUCCACCCCCACCCAGACCCCUCAGACUCUGCCUUUUCCACCUCCCCCCUACGCAUCCCCACCCAUGCAACAUUCGCUGCCCCCCACCCACACCCAGCUGCAGCUCCACCAGACCUCCAUCCCCUCCCAUCACUCCCACCACUCCCACCCCUCUCAGAGCGCCGGGUUCCUGUUGCCGCAGCAGUACUUCUUCCCCCUGCAGCCCGACGCCUUCACAUCGGCCAAGAGCUUCGCCGACUUCGGACAGAGCUGACACGGCUCCCGGGGGGGGGGGAAGUAGAGGGAUUACAAGAUUACUGGAUGGUGGGUGUGAGCUGGCGAGGUGAACACACUGCAGCACAGCUGGCGGCGUCUGGGUGGAGAGCCGGGCUGAAGGGAACGGACAGGGAGUGACAGUGAUGGAGGAGCUGCUGUGGUCGGACACCGAGGCCCCGAAGCUCUUCCUGCUCUGCAGCUGCAAAGUUCAACAGACCCAAAGAUUCUGAAUCUCAUGCACUUUUAUAUCAUGUUGUAAACAGAUUUCUGCGGUCUGCGUUUUAUUUUUUAUACACAACAAUUCUCAAGGUGGAAAUGUGAGGCUGAACUCUUGCCAGUUGUAUCACACCCCCCUCCUCUGCAACAGAAGACGUUCAGGCUCCUCUGAGGUCUUUACAGAUCAUUUCCACUGCACAUGUUGGAAACCAGGAGAUUAGGAUCUUUGACAAUGGCAGACACCUCUGAGCGAGAGGAGCAGAACCACAGCCGUUAUUUCGCUGUGGAGGAAAUGUGGACUUUUAUACAAUGUGGUGCAGGUACAAUUUUUACAGCUCAAUAAAAUGUUGUCUCUCAGAAGCUCCUGUAAAGAAAAGUCUGUCGCGUCACAUUUCUCGGGGGGGAAACCGGAGCGGCCGGGUCGGCGCGGCAGCUCCUACCUGUCGCUCACUCCUGCGCCAGACUUCACAGCAGGAAUGCGGCGCUGAGAUGAGUCAUUGUCAGUGUUCAAUGAGCAUGGCACGGUCACAGUGUUAAAAACAACUGGGCCCAGAAGUAGAGGUUUAGGUUGCCCCAACAGGUAUGAAGACAACCUCCACAAAGGGGCUUCUGUUCGACGGUCAUCUGACCGUGAAACAGGUUUGGCAUCAGUGUCUCAUGAAAUCUUCUGUGUGCUCAGGGCUCCUCUAAAAUCUGUUAUUAUCCAUCCACUGUUUCUAACACAAACCCACACACUCGAUGAAUAGUGUGUAUCCGAUUCACUUCCUCUGCUCUUGUUAAUACUGGCGCUCGUCACCUCGGACGUGUGGGUCACAUUUCACACUUUGCUUAUAAAAGGAAAACACCAGUUAAGAUGUGAACACGUUUUCGGGGACAUUUCCUGAAUCUCUCGGAGACGUGUUGUCUUUUCUUCUUCGUCGAGCCUUGGAAAAAGUUUCAGAUUUCUCUUUUCCAAGUGAUUCAGGAAGGUGGAAGUUUCUCUGAUUAUUUUUUCUUCACGAGGAAACUUCUUUCUGUCUCAUGGGUUUAAUCGGAAUGAGUCUAAAGCUAAACUCUGAUUCCUCUCAGAUAAACGCUGUGGUCGUAAGAUCAAGACCAUUUUAAAUAUACAGCAGAUUCCUCACAAUCAUCACAAAUGAAAGUCUGUUUUUUAUAUAAUAGAAGACCCGUUCAAUGUAUUCAUCCUGUAACCUGUACAAUAUCAAUAAUUAUCCCAAUACAGUUUUUUCAUUAAUAAUAAAAAUAACCAAAGCUCAAUAUAUACUGAUUUAAUGCCUGUGAUCAUCAACCUCAGAUUCAUAAAAUGUUCGUCUAAUGUUACCUGCCUGCUCUGAUUGGAUCAUUGGACCUAUGGCCCUAGCGUUACUGGUUACUUUAAAAAACAUAAACAUGUGCAUUGUGAAAAUGUAGUGCAGUAGAAAGUACAGAUAUUUGCUGAUAUAUGUGAUGUGGUAAAAUUGAAAAGUACCCAAAAUUGAAUCUACUUCAGUAGAGUACAGCUACAUGAAUAAUGGGCAGUUUAAGUACAAUAACAAGGUAAAAGUACUUUUUUUAUGUCCGACCACUGAUUCACGAGAGACAUUAAAUUGACCUGGACUGUCAUUUAACAGAUUUUCUUUUUCUCCGUUUUUUGUCGUUGAGGUCAAUAAGUUAUUCUCUUCGCGUAAAGUUUUCACAGCAUCUCGAAGCUGAAGUUCACCCAAAAUGCUUUAUUACAAACCGAACCUCAUGGACCUGAAGUGAAACUCUACCCAGGUCAGUUUGAAUUGUCUGUUAGAGAAACAUGUUUCUGUCUUUUUGGGCUCAGGGACACAAGCAGAAUCAAACCAUCACAAUAAUAAAUAAGGACUAUCAAUAUAAUGAGUGUUCCUGGAUGCAGGCUGAUGUUUCCUUCUGCCUCUUCCUGUUUAGCUCCUCUGUCCUGUUUGUCGCCACACACAA